AGCACCUGAAGGCAUCAGACGGUGCCGACAAACGAAAGUGAACUUUUCCUGCUCGCUGCCACUUCGUCCUGAGAGAGGACCGACAUCAGACCCUGAGAUCCACUGUGUCCCCGGUCUCAUCAUGGCGCAUUACAGAGCUCCAGACACCAAGAGGGAGCAGUUCCGCAGAUACUUGGAGAAAGCUGGUGUUGUGGACAGCCUCACCAGUGUACUCGUGGCUUUGUAUGAACAACCUGAAAGACCCAGCAAUGCUCUGGAAUUUGUGAAGCAGCAUCUGGGAGCUGUAGGCCAGAUCUCCUCCGACUCUGAGCCUCUGCAGCAGGAGGUGGUCGACCUGAGGCAGAGGUGUGCACGACUGGCAGAGGAAAACAAAGACCUCAAAACAAAGCUGCAGCGCUAUGAAGCUGCGCCGGAAGGUGGAGCCCCAGCCGAAUAGACCACAGCAGAGAUUUGGUUGAUAUACCUGCACUUUAGAUUUCAAGACAACACAACACUUUCAUGAAACAGCCAAUAUUUGUUUUAUGUAACCUUGCUGUUUUUUUGUGAAUCUUUGUUUCUACUCUUAUACUUAGAAUAUGACUUAUUCUCUACAUGUACAUAAGUUGGUCUUCUUUUUUACAAGACAGUGUUUCAGAGGCCUAUUGAAAAGGUUCCAUAAAUAAUAUUUGGUCAAACUGCUGACUGUAUAUAUUUUUUUCAGUUAUGGUUCAGAGGCACAAACAGUGUGUGACCCGUUUAAACUUUAUUUUGAAAAGUCUGCUGUGAGUGAACUGUUCUAAAAAGCUGCAAAAUAAAGCACAGUAUUGUAAUAAA